AUGCCGACUCCCUCACCUAACAACGAUGCGCGCAAAGCCUCGGCGAAGAAAACACCGGAAAAGAAGGUCGAUCUAGGAGCUGGGCUGGCGAAGAAGAGAUCACAAGAUUUCGCGGCGAAGAUUCAGGGUUGGAACGAGGCUGGCGGAGGUGUUGUGCAGGAGGAUGAUAAGGUGAUAGUGAGCGAAAAUAGCAAAGCUCAGGCGGAAGCUACGCCUGUCAAGGAGGUCAAAGAAGUUAGCACGCCUAAGAAGCGUGUGAUCAGCGAUGGGCACUGGCGGAGAGACCGGGUCGCGAGGGAGACGGCUACCAGUCCGGAGAAAGAGGCCGACAAGGAGAAGGACAUCACGCCGAAGCCCUCACGGAGAAGACGUAAUCCCAGACGAACCCGCUCAAGAUCACUUUCAAUGUCGGGAGACGACCGGAACGGGACGCCAACUUACGAGUCCAGCGGGACAAAAAUCUACGUUCAGAGGCGCAGGAAGUCCAGACAACUCGAUGACGAUUUGAGGACCCGGCGAGAGACUCGAAAAUCGGCGAGCAGCAUCUCAAACGACAAGCCGAGCACAUCGACGGACGUGACCACCCCCAGUCACUCUCCACCUGGAGGUGCUCCGCUCAGACCCAAGUCAGAACCGCGACAUACUCACCGAAAGUCGAGAAGCAGAGAAGACGAAAGACCUAGGACAGCUAGGCGAUCGCAUGGGGAGGAGGAACCGCGACGCCCUAGUUCUGGUCACAAGCGAGUCAAGACACCCAUCGAAGAGACUCAUGUAAGGCGACACCCUUCCUCCGCACAGGCAUACGCGAUGAAGAUUACAGAGCAGCUCAAAAAGUCAGCAAGUCCAGCUUCACCAGCGACGCCACCCAAAGUGUACGGAACUCGUAUUGAAGGAUGGCUCGCUACGAUGUCAGAUCCAUUCACGGAGUCGACGGAGCCUUCACUUGCCCCAGCACCCUUAGCUAUUCCAAGAAAGAAGAAGUCCGAGCCACGUGUCGAGGAUCAGCCGAGCGAGGAUCGCCGUAAGAGCGCGGGAGACCAACGCCACAGCUCUCGUCCCUGUCUCAAAGAGCUCGAUACGAUCACAGUCCUCUCACAAACGAUCAGCGAUGACCUCUCGGAAAUCUCUCUACAGUCUGCAUCGACUGGUCUGAAGAGACGAGGCGCCAGACACCAGGCAACAUCUCCUGUCAAGGACAGAUUCGUUAGAGGAAGCUCGCCUGGCAAUGGCGACGCGCUGAUGAGUGGAGGAUUGGACCCCUCGCCAGUGUUACGAUGUUCGGCUGUGAAGCCUCGUGGUCCAAGCCACGGAAAGCAGCGCUCCUCACCUACAUCCGUUGAGGGCAUGGCAACAUACAUACCGCCGCUACACCGUCGGCCAAUACCCUCCCAUCAUUCCGAUGACAUGACGACCAUCACCGAAGGCAGCGUACUCACUCGAGUCAGCGAUGGAGAUGUGCCGAGGCGCACGCGACCUAGCAGAAGCCGCCGACCCCAAAUGAGGGAUCAUUCUGAUCUGAUUUCUGAGCUAUCGGCUCCUGGAGGCAAUGGACACACCGCUAAGAGAAGAAGCACCAGAACACGGCGAGCACAGGGCGAAGUGGCCACCAUCGGAGACAUCAUGAACGACCUGUCGACUGAUGAGCUCAAAUACCAGCGGGAGCUUCGUACUUUGGUUGAUGGUGUUAUUCCAGUAUUGCUUCAGCAUGCACUUUCUGGCAAGGACACCUCAUCUCCAAGCUCUCGUAAGUCCAGUCGACCUAUCGCUGACCCGGCUGUCACGAAACCAAUCAUCGAUAUGGGCAUCGCACUCGAGCGUUUAAAGACCAUGCACAAACGGAUACCCAUGCACGAACCUGGCGAGCUCCUACUCUGGGCCGACGCAGCAUCGAAAGUCUAUAUGGAGUAUCUGAGAUGCUGGCGGCUCGGCUUCAAUGACAUUGUGGUGAACCUCGCGCCAGCAGAGCAGACUGAUAAGCGGGACGUGUCUUCCACUUGGGGACAUGAUAUUCCCCGCAACAAGGAGGGCGACCUGGUGGACAAUGCAGGUGAGCGAGUGGAUGUGGCGUACCUUCUCAAACGACCUCUGGUUCGCAUUAAAUACCUGGCGAAGACGUUCGCGGGCAUCACUCAACUUCAGCCGUCCGCAAACGCCGAGGACUUGACUGCAAGAUACCAAGAUCUGGUCUCGGAUGCAAAGAGUCGUGUCACUGAUGAGCAAGCGAGAUUGGAAGACGAGGCUGCUUCAAGCAUUGAUGCGACCAGGGCUCGCGAUCCACGGAGUCUAGCACCGAUUACUGGCGUCACCAUUGAUCCGACAAGAUCUGUUCGCGCAAGAGACUACUUCGACAUGGAUUUGUUGCACUCGAGUGGCCAACAGCUUGGCUGCAAGAUCGAAAUCAUCUAUCGCGAUGAUGCUCCAAAUCGUGGUAAGGGCGGAGAUGUACUUUUCUGUGAGGUGUCUACCACCGGCCGAUGGCUGCUGUUCCCACCUAUACCGCACAGUCUGGUGAGUGCAAGAGAUGGAGACAAACCCGGAGAGCUGGUUGUCAUGAUUCGAGGAUUUCUAGCCAGUGCUCAACAGUGGCGGGAAGUCAUGUCGCUUCAGGCUGAUGACAGUACGACGGGUGCAGAUUGGACGCAGAUGCUCGGGUCGUCUCCCAUGCCUUCGAGGCUAUCGAAGAAGUCCAGCUUCAACAUGCUCAAAGAGGUGGGAUUGAAUACACCAGGUCGAGAGCAGAGGCGGUCAGUCACCGUGGAGCUGGCUGACACUGCCUGGAACCCGUCGCCGAGAGAGAUUGAGGUUCCGAUAGGGGAACGUGCUAAAGCUGCUUCAACUAUAUGGGAUGGGAGCGAGGUCAACAGUGCAUAUACUGAGAGCACGGCAACUGGCCUUCCAAAAGCGAAGCCGUCGAGAUAUCGGACAACGCUAUCCUCGCCCACCACGCCGACGAGGAACGCUGAUCACGGGAGGGUCCGGGAGUACUCCCCUGACCCACAGUACUUCUACGAAAAGACCGCUCCGGCGAGGGGACCCGUGGACGGCCAAUCCAGGUCGAAGUCGGAGUGGACAGGCUCGACUGUGUCCACGGAGAGCAGGACCGAAUACAGCGUGUGGAUGCCAUCUUCUGAGCGGUACUCGGACGACGACGACGAAGAAGACCAUGUAGAGGUGAAGCCACAACGCGAUGUGCGACCUGGCAUGCACAGGCGCACCUCUUCGGUACCAUCUCAGGACAUGCCAACUAUACCAAAGGUCCGGAAGUCAGAUCCGCCAACAAGCCCUACCUACGAUCGAGAUAUGGUAUCACGUACAGAACCAGCUUCCGCUCCGUCCAAGUUGCAGAAGCGCCGACAGACGUCCAGAGACCUCACAGAGCCGAGCAAGACGCCUGCGCCGCCGACUCAUUCUCGUCCCAUCACUCUUGGUAUCAAGACAGGAAUACUUCCAUCCUUUACUCCUGCCUUCUUGAAGAGAAAUCGGCGACCGUCGUCCCCGCUCAAGCAUGAGUAUGAGCCGUCGACUGCAUCUGGAUCGUUGUCGGAGAGCGAUUACUCGGAUUUCAGCGAUGUUGAUUCUCUCACCUCGGAGUCGGACUUUGGAGAAGAGGUCGUAUCACCCGGAGAGGUCUCUACUGUUGGGGACCUGAAGGACUUUCACACCUACCAAACGCGGCCAAUGAAGGUAUUUUCGCCGCCGAUUCAGCCACAAUCUCCGCCGACGCAUCCGCAAUCCCCACAAGAGCACUCCUUGACACCAUCUGAGUCGGCAUCGCAGGGACCAUAUCGAUCGGUGCCUCAGACUAACGUUGCGCCAGCAAAAGUCGUGGCUGAAAUCUUCUGCUGGUCCGAUCAUGGAUCGUGGGACAGCCUGCAUCCUGAAGAGUGUCAAAUAUUCGUCACGCCCGGCCUGAUUGAGGCUUUCGAUCUGGCGCAGGCCAAUCAAGUUACCCUGACCGACGACGGAUCCACGCCUUCAUCGAAAGGAGUCAAGCCACUGGUUGCGCUCGAGCUGACGCCUCUAGUCCCGCUCCGUCGCGGCACUGCAGUCGAUAUCUCGGUCCGUUCUCCUCCAACCGACAAGUCGCUCAUUCGUACCGGCAACAACAUCAUGUUCCGCUCCCGCAGUCCCGAAGAGACCGAACGUCUGUACGCUCUCCUCAAUCGUGCUCGCAUCGACAACCCAACGUACAUCGCUCUUCAGAAUGCUCGUGGACCAGUUAAUCAAAGCAACUGGGGCGAGGUCAUGGAUCGUCGUAGCAACCUGCGGCCUACUGGAACAUCAUGGUGGAACAUCGGCUCUCGCAAAGCUUCCACCUAUCGAUCAAACGGCACUCGAACAAUGUCCGUGGCAGCUACAGAAUCCUCCGUCGGCACCAUGAACACCGCCUUCUCUGCUCUCCGCCGCUUCAGUGGAGGCAGCAAAUUCUUCAAUAUCGGCAAGUCGACGAUACAAUCUCGGGAUGGCACACGCAGCUCCUCCAACAGUGAAUCUCUUUCUUCGGGGAUCGCUACGCCUUUGCAUAUAAUCGACCCUCAAUUAGGAACUCCUCUGGGUAUUCAGAACGCCAAAAUGCGACUCUACAUCCGCGAAACGGCAGGGAAAUGGAAGGACCUUGGUUCUGCGCGGUUGAUGAUCAUGUUGCCGCCUCGACCGGAUGCAAGCGCUGCCCCGAACCCACGCACGAUGGGCAUGGAGAAGAGAGUGAUGGUGUAUGGAAAGAGCAAAGGAGAGCUGUUGCUUGAUGUCACCCUGGGUGAGAGUGCGUUCGAGAGAAUUGCCCGGACGGGUAUUGCUGUGAGUGUGUACGAAGAGAGUGAGCACAUUGGCCCGGCGGGUGGCGUGCUGCUGGCGAAGACGACGAUUUAUAUGAUUCAGAUGAAGUCGGAGCGUGAUGCGGCGUAUACGUUCGGGUUGGUUGGGAAGUUGAGAUAUUGA